AUGCUGGGUCCCCUUGCUGUCCUGUGUGCCCUCCUGUUUCCCGGUGGUGGAGCAGGACUCAAGCUUGAGCAGACUCCUGUGGUCGUGGGGCGCUUGGGCACCUCGGCCACCCUACCGUGCACAGUGGAUAGCUCAGUCUACUACAUCCACUGGUACUUCCACAGGGAGGGUAUUGCCCCUAGGAGACUCCUUUACAUACACACAUACAGCUCAUCUGUGCAGAGGGAUGCAUCUGUGAACAUGGACAAAGUCAAUGCCAAGAUGCACAAGAACAGUUACAACUGUAACCUGUUGGUGCAGAAGCUGGAGAAGAGCGACGAAGGCAUGUACUACUGCGCUGCCUGGGAAGAUUGGGCUCAUGUUCUUUAUGUUCCAACCACGUUGAAGCAAAUGGUGGAUAAAAGUGCAAGUGAAGACAUUUCCCCCAAACCCACAGUUUUUCUUCCUUCAAUUGCUGAAAUAAAAGUCUGUAAGGCCGGAACAUAUCUUUGUCUUCUUGAAGAUUUUUUCCCUGAUGUUAUCAAGAUAGAUUGGAAAGAAAAGAAUAACAGAACAGUUCUGCAAUCCCAGCACGGAAGCACUAUGAAGCCUAAGGACACAUACAUGAAAUUCAUCUGGCUGACGGUGACUGGAGUGUCCAUGGAUAAAGAACACAAAUGCAUCGUUAACUAUGACAGCGGUAGAGGAGGAGUUAAUCAAGAGACUUUUCCUUCAAUAAAUGAAGAUUUGGUGGCAAGGAUGGAAUCUUAUGUCGACUCCAAAGGGCAUUCAGAAGCAAAGCAAAACACAGAGGUGGUAACCGUGAGCCCUCUAAGUUCACGAUCUUUCCCACCUGGUGCAAGCACUGUGGAACCUGCUGCUAUUAACUCCACAGAAGCUUCCCUGGAUGAUGAAUAUGACCCCCUGCAGGUACAGCUCAUGAACACCUCUGCCUACUAUACCUACCUCCUCCUCCUCCUCAUGAAGAGUCUGACGUACUCCAUCAUCACUGCCAUCUGUUUGCUUGGGGGACCAGCGUUCAGUGAUGAGGAGCUUAGAAACAGCGGUGUGAGCACGGACUCCAGGGCUUACAGCCAGGACAGGGGGCCCGGGAACAGCGCAGGUAGCCUGGCUCUGCUGGAUGCUGGAGCCUCUGCAAGCCAACUCCCCUUGGCGGCACCUAAAGGACAUGGAUAA